AUGGGGGUGGGAGACUAUAUCCAUUCCAAGGAGGCUGGUCCACCUCGUCAAUCCAAGGCUGAUGCACCGAAUCAGUCCCGGCAGCUCUUAGCGCAACAGGCGAGAGUCGAAGUUCCCCAAACUCAACUUGUUGCUCCCGUGCCUGUGGGGAUGAAUGGAAGAGCACAAUUGGAUGCUUAUGGGGGAGUGACAUUUCCAGAGGCGUCGCAGGCAGCGCAUGAAAGUGGCGUGCACCGGGACAUGUUUGACACGGACGUUGAGGGGAUCGAUGAGUCGACUGUUGCUGGAACAAGCGUGGUUGAUGUUGAAGAAAUUCAACGACCGCAACAGCAGCAACAUCACUUGCCGCCAGUGCAGAGUGUGCUGUACCAGGAGCCAGAAGGGAAGAUUCUGCAUCAAUUCCGUCACGGACGUCGUCCAUAUUCGUCGAACUGGUAUGAGAACUUGGGAGACAAGGCCAUCAAAACUGCGGGCUUCGAAUCAGCUGAUGCCGAUGCCGACGAUGAUACCAGCCAAAUGACGUCCGUCGCGGGCGACGAUAAAACUGAAGAUAAUAACGACUGGUACAUGUCCCAUGGACACCGUCAUGCGGAGGAACCUCUAAGCAAACGUCUAGAAGGCUUCUGGAGUGCCAGUAAACGAAAACAUACUAAGCCCGGCCACCAGAGUCAGGGGGAAUUGGCAAAGUUCUCUACUACGUUUUCAUCAGCAAACGCAGGCAGGAGAAUUGUCCUCCCUCGCAGUAUGACAGCAACUCCGAGGACGCGUUUCAGCCCGCCAAAGCCGUCCCUCCUCGACAAGCUGGACAUCUCUCCAACUCGGCGCACCACCGGCCCAAGAGCACAACCUCAGAGAAAAGACAGCAUUACCAGAUUCCACUCCCAUGGAGCGGAUGGAGACCCAGAGCUAUUCGCAAAUGAUCAUGGAAAGGGCGACAGCGAACCAUCCUUAACUGCGUUCGACAUUACCCAUUUCGACGAUCUCGACGACGACGAGACGAUCCGCGAUCCUUUCUCUAGACGUGCUUCGGUCAAGCGCAUAAGCUCAGAUACGACCCAGACGAAGAAGCGAAGCCUAGAAGCAGACUAUCCUCCUGAAAUUUUGUCCAAGAAGACUCUUGAAGAACUCCAGGCUGAGCCGUUUGAUUUCGAUCCCGCCACUGCACGAGCCACCGCUACCUUGAACCCAUCGCAGGAUCCAUCUGGAUCAACAGAAGAAGACAGAGUCUCUUUCCUCAUGAAACUAUCUAAAGAGGAUCGCCAAACAUACCUUUCGAAUUUAAGUAUCGAUGAAUGGGAAGACUGCGGCGAUCAGUUGCUUGACGAAUUCUCCAAGCUACUUUCAGAAAUGAAGGAACUGCGCCGCGCUCGACGGAGGACGGCUGCUAUGUUCGAAGCGGAAAUAAAGAGAAGAAAUGAUGCUGUUAAGGAGGAAAAUUCGGAUUUAGAAAAAAAGCUGAAUGAAAUGAAGACGGGCGGUGCAGAGGUGCUACGUGGUCGUACCCCAUGA